GAAUGUGCUCCAUCCCGACUUCCCGCCCAUGACGGUCAACGCCGCCCAGGAACUGACCGGCGUCAUUGCACAGCUGAGUACUUCGCUCAGCAAUGCGGGAGAGAGCAGGAGGAAGGUGGUUCGUUCAACUACUUCAUUCAAGCCCUCGCCGACCUGCUCAUACGUCACCCACACAAGGCCCUUCACCUUCUCUUGGGGAAGAAAGCCAUCGUCAACUACGGCUUUGUGGUGCGCGAGGCCAAUGACACUAUCCUGUGGCCACCAGCAUCUGCGUGGCUGCUUGUUUCUGUCCAUUCCACAGGCUUGUGACGUCCCCCUUCGGAUCACCGACGAGCUCCAGGAAUUCUCUCGGCCGGUCUCAAGACUGCCGUGAUGAUGUACGCCGGCACGUCCCACAACAGCGACAAUGGGGCGGGUCCGCCACCCGAGCACCGGUACGCGUCGGAAUUGAUCCCUCACACCCCCUCUGCUCUCUGUCGACCUGUGCUUUGAGUGUGUGUAGCAUGACUGACUAUUUGGCUGAUGCCAUUGAGUUCGCCAAUGACGUCUUGCACACCGGGAUCAGCCUGGCGACCAAGUGGAGGGACGCACAGCCGCUGGCCUGGCUGCUGUCCGCCAUCGAGUUCUAUAUCGACGACGUCCACGACACCGACCUCAAGGGACGCACCGAGGCGUGCCUCCGCGAGAGAGAGAUGAUACAGGACAUUCCAGACGACCAGCGAUGGCCAAAGAUCAUGGGAGGCCUUCGCCAGCAUGACCUGGUGGUUGGGUGAAGACAGAAUAGCCGGUUGGGCGACAUAGAAUCACAUGUGUGUCCCUUUCCUCAGACCACAGGAGGUCUGUACGACAUGAAGCCGUCGACGGCUGAACUGCUGCACGCAGGGGACGUCACCAAGUUUCCGGUAGGGAUAAAGCGAGCCACGACAACCGAUGGAAACAUGUGCUGUUGCUUGUCAGUGGCUGCUUGUCGCACGCAACCUGAGGAACGGUCAGCUAUCCAGCAGCAAGUCAUGCCACCAGUACGCCGUCGAGAAGGGACUGAUGGUGGACAGCGACAAGGAGCAGCGGGACGCCGAGUGGCGGACGGCUGUCGACCUGACGGCCGCAGCGACUGGCAAGCUCAUCGAUGACUUCAUCGCUGGCACCAGACCCGCCGACACGAAGAGGCAAGUAUUUCCGGCGCACCGCUUCGUAUGUUGAUUGAUGGUGCGUGUCCAGCGAUCAACCCGACUGGCUACGCUCGUCUCAGGCUGCGGCAACGAGGGCACGUGGGUGGUCCGAGGAGGAGGACAAGCGGCUGCAGGAGCUCGCUGACGGCAUGAAGAACACCACCGGCGCCAUCAGGUAAGUCGCUGAUGUCGGUUCGACUUCUUCGCCUGUAUCUGGUUUGUACGCAGGUAUGAUUCGCUGUGCCGUGACAUGGCCACCGAGGGUUACAUGCGCGAUGAGAAGGAGGUAUUCUUCCGCCUCACCUUCCUGGCCAAGCUGAAACGUCUCCGGUCCGGCCUACCGUUCCGUAGCGGACAGAAAUGGAGCGAUUCAGAUGUGCAGAAGCUUCUCGACGACGUCCGCGACUCGAUACCGUAUGCUGAUGCCUUCAAAACACAUAUUAGCAUCCGUUCUUGCCUGUACAUUGUCUGCUGUCAGGCGUGACCUCAUUGCUGCUGGGCUGGGUCGGAGUGUGGAGGCGGUGCUGACAAGAUGGAGGAGGUUUCGAUCGGACAACGACAACCUUCGGCUCGCCCGUCAAUCAAUCUUCUGGCUUCCAGCAGAUGUCGAGUGCCUGAAGGAGAUGCGAUGACGUGUGCAGCUGCGUGUCACGGUGUCUGUGUGACAUGUUUGUGCGAGUGUGUGGUGCCGAUACAUUGACCCGUGAGAUAGCGUGCUCACAUCGUUUUAAUUGAAUGUGAAUGAUUGGUCUG